UGCGCUGGGGGUGGUGGAAGCCCCAGGAUCGGAACCCAGGCGCGUGGGUUCCUGAGUAACGUGACCUUGAGGGAGGGGUGGGGAGAGGGAAAAGGGAGGGGUAGUGGCUGGGAAAGGGGACCUUCGUGGGGACGCAAUCUGGGCGUCGGUGGAAAGAGGGCAGCGCCCGCCCGGAGCCAGAGCAGGGCGACCUCGGUUCGCGCACAUUCCCUGGCCCUGACCGCGGCGCCCGGAAUAGCAGCCCCGAGGUGGGGGUUGCCCUGGGGCUCCGUCCCACACCCUCUGCAAGAGGCCAUGAGGCACAGACUGGACCAGGGCCAGGUCACCCCUCCCUGCCCCUCCCCCAACCCCGGAGCUCCCUGCUGCUGUGAGUCUGGGAGCUGAGGGGGCCCUGGAGGCUGGGGGCCACCGGGGGGUCCUGUGCCAGACACCAGCUCCAGCUCCCACUGGCCACACCCUCUGCAAGUUCUCAUAGAAUCCUGGACUGAGCCCAGCUGGUUCCCACUGCACAGAUGGGGAAACUGAGGCCCGGGGAAGCAGAGCAGCUGGCCCCUGUCCACACAGGAAGACGCCACCCCCUCCGGGGCCUCCUGCUCCUGCUGUGGACCCUUCUCAACUGUGGUUUGGGGGACAACGCUCAGGGUCCAGGCGAGUGGACUCCAUGGGGUUCCUGGAGCCGCUGUUCCAGCUCUUGUGGGCAAGGGCUCUCCGUGCGCAGCCGGAGAUGCAUUCGGUUUCCCGGGGAAGAGCUAUGCUGGGGGCACACUCACGAGUACCGCCUCUGCCAGUUGCCCGACUGUCCCCUAGGGGCUGUGCCCUUCCGAGACCUCCAGUGUGCCCUCUACAAUGGCCACCCUGUCCUGGGCACUCAGAAGACCUACCUGUGGGUGCCCUUCUAUGGAGCACCCAACCAGUGUGACCUCAACUGCCUGGCAGAGGGGCACGACUUCUAUCACAGCUUUGGUCGAGUACUGGACGGUACCCCCUGCAGCCAGGGCUCCCCAGGGCUCUGUGUGGCUGGCCGCUGUCUGAGCGCCGGCUGUGACGGUUUGCUGGGCUCGGGCGCCCGCGAAGACCGCUGCGGCCGCUGCGGUGGCGCCAACGACUCCUGCCUCUUCGUACAGCGCGUGUUCCGUGACGCCGGUGCUUUCGCUGGGUACUGGAACGUGACCCUGAUCCCUGAGGGCGCCAGACACAUACGCGCCGCCCACCGGAGCCGCAACCACCUGGCGCUGAUGGGGGGCGACGGGCGCUACGUGCUCAACGGGAACUGGGCGGUGAGCCCGCCCGGGACCUACGAGGCGGCGGGCACCCGCGUGGUUUACACCCGCGCCACGGGGCGGGAGGAGACGCUGAGCGCCGCCGGGCCCACCUCCCAAGACCUGCUCCUGCAGGUCCUCCUGCAAGAGCCCAACCCCGGCAUUGAGUUCGAGUUCUGGCUCCCCCAGGAGCUCUACAGUCCCUUCCAAGCGCAGGCACGGGCCCUGGGCUGGCCCCUGUGGCAGCCACAGCCUCGGGAGGUGGCACCUCGGCCCCCUGAGCCUCCUGCAGCCCCCACCGUUAUCCUCCAUCAGACCCCGACCCCCACAUCAGACCCCUGCCCACCCUGUCCUGACACCAGAGGGCGUGCCCACCGGCUGCUCCACUAUUGCGGCAGCGACUUCGUGUUCCGGGCCCGAGUGCGGGGCCGCCUCCGCCAGGCCCAGGAGACCCGCUAUGAGGUGCACGUGCAGCUCAUCUACAAGAACCGCUCACCGCUGCGUGCUCUUGAGUACGUGUGGGCACCGAGCCGCUGCCCCUGCCCAGUGUUGGCCCUCCAUCGCGAGUACCUGCUGGCUGCCCGGCGCCUCAUCAGCCCCGAUGGCACUCAGGACCGGCUGCUGCUGCCCCACGCCGGCUAUGCCCGGCCCUGGAGCCCUGCCGAGGAUAGCCGUGUCCGCCUGGCCGCCCAGCACUGCCCUGUCUGAGCCCCUAGACCAGGCCUCAGCCACACACCACGAGGAGGACAUGCCUGACUAGGCUCAAAGUCAACAUAUUUCCCCUCUUGGCAUAGCUUCCAGGGAGCUUUGGAGUAUCUCCUACUUGCAGCUAUGUGACUCCUCAUUACACCCGCUUCUACUCCUGCAUUCAGAUCCACUGUUGCAAGCAGGCAGGUACUGAUGAGGACACACUGAAUUGACUCUUUAACUUAUUUCCUCUCUCACCCUGGCUGCCAGGAAACUUACAGCUAUUUUACACUCAGAGACUUUGUGUCUGCUUUUAUUCCCUUUGCUUCACACUCAGUUGAUUAGACGCUGUCACAAGCAAGCAUGGCUUGGAGGAAGACAUGCCUUAAAGAGACACUGUAAUGUAUCAGUUUCCCUUUUUGCCCUAGCUACCAGGAAACUCAUCACUGUUUAACUCCCUGACACUCUGUCUCUCCCUUCUCAUUGCCACUUACACUCGCACCCUCACCUAUUCAGAGACUCUGUCACAAACAGACAUGACCCCUAGAAGACAUGCCUACCCAGGCAAUGUUAAUUCACUGUAACAUACCAGUUUCCCCUUUUACCCUGGCUACCAAGAAGUUCAGAGAUAAUCUUGACAACUUCAGCAGCUCAGGGCAGGGAAGGGUUUCCUCCAGGCAACACUGCUGUUCAUCCCUUUUUUAUUCCUAUUAACUUUUACAAACACUUUUUCUUAACAAGGUCACCCCAGUUA